GCAGCAAACAAAAGCAAAGGUCUUCCAAAGUGCAUUAAAGCAGAAGAUAACAUCAGAUUUUUAUCUUAUCAUGAAACUAUUAUCUGAAGGACAAUUAAGGCUUUAUGUUGUUCAACCAGUACAUCUCACAUCAUGGCUAUUUAUAGUUUUUAUCCUGAAGUCUAUCUCUUCUCUAAAACCUGCCCGACUUCCAAUUUAUCAAAGGAAACCCUUUAUAGCUGCCUGGAAUGCUCCAACGGAUCAGUGUUUGAUAAAAUAUAACUUGAGACUAAAUUUGAAAAUGUUUCAGGUGAUUGGAAGCCCACUGGCCAAGGCCAGGGGGCAAAACGUCACAAUAUUUUAUGUCAAUAGAUUGGGAUACUAUCCAUGGUAUACAGCAGAUGGGGUCCCCAUUAACGGGGGUCUCCCCCAGAAUAUAAGUUUGCAAGUUCAUCUGGAAAAAGCUGACCAAGACAUCAAUCACUACAUCCCUGCUGAAGAUUUCAGUGGACUUGCUGUUAUAGACUGGGAAUAUUGGCGACCACAGUGGGCCCGAAACUGGAACACAAAAGAUGUCUACAGACAGAAGUCAAGACAACUUAUUUCUGAUAUGCAAAGGAACGAAUCAGCUACGGAUAUUGAAUAUUUAGCCAAAGCAACCUUUGAGGAAAGUGCAAAAGCUUUCAUGAAGGAAACCAUCAAAUUGGGAAUUAAGAGCCGACCCAAGGGCCUUUGGGGUUAUUACUUAUAUCCUGAUUGCCACAAUUAUAAUGUCUAUGCCCCAAACUACACUGGGUCCUGCCCAGAAGAAGAAGUUUUGAGGAACAAUGAGCUCUCUUGGCUGUGGAACAGCAGUGCUGCUCUGUACCCUUCCAUUGGUGUCAGGAAAUCCCUUGGAGGUGGUGAAAACAUUCUGCGCUUUUCACAGUUUCGUGUGCACGAAUCUAUGAGGGUGUCUGCCAUGACGUGCCAUGAUUAUGCUCUGCCUGUGUUUGUCUACACGAGGCUAGGGUACAGAGACGAGCCUUUGUUCUUUCUUUCUAAGCAAGAUCUAAUCAGUACCAUAGGAGAAAGUGCUGCCUUGGGUGCUGCAGGCAUUGUUAUUUGGGGAGACAUGAAUUUAACUUCAUCUGAGGGCAACUGUACAAAGGUGAAGCAGUUUGUGAGUUCUGAUUUAGGGAGCUACAUAGUCAACGUGACCAGGGCCGCGGAGGUGUGCAGCCUUCACCUGUGCAGGAAUAACGGCAGGUGCAUAAGGAAGAUGUGGACGGCUCCCAACUACCUCCACCUGAACCCUGCGAGUUACCACAUAGAGGCCUCUGCAGACGGGGAUUUUACUGUGAAAGGCAGAGCAUCUGCUACAGACCUGGCAGUGAUGGCUGAGAAAUUUUCCUGUCAUUGUUAUCAGGGAUACGAAGGAGCUGAUUGCAGAGAAAUGAAGAUGGUUGACGGAUGCUCUGGGGUUUCCCCUUUUUCUUCCUCACUAAUAACACUGGGUCUGCUGGUUUUGGCAGUCUAUGGGAGCACUCAGUUGUGGGAUAAUUGAGUUUAAAGGGAAUUGUGCAACCUCUAG